AUGAAGCCGGCACUCGACCCCGUGCCGCCGCGAAAAGACUUUUCCCACCCGCAAUCCUCACCCGAGCCCGUCGAUCAGCAUGCCAAACUAAGUGCAACGCCGUCGACGACGCUGGCACCGGACGCUGGAGAAAAGGACAAGCCGCUGCCGCCGCCGCCGCCUUCCAAGGAAACCUUGCACCCCAUCGCCAUGACCGGGUCGGACGUGGCACCGUGCACGGCCCUGACACCUACCGCGGGAACAUCUCUGGUUCCCGUCACCAAACGACGUCCGCACCCGGACAAGACCAUUCCCCGGGUCAAGGGAAGUGCCGACGGCGAUCGAAGCGAUGUCGCCCCCGACGGCACCUCGGCUGGUCGCGAGGGGCGCCAGUUUGCCGUUUCCAACGUCGGGAACAAUGGGAGGAUUUACCUGAGUACCAUCCACGAGCUCAAUGCCGUCCACGACGCCGAUCCAGAUGCCUUCAAGGCCCCCGCACCCAAGCCGACGGAAGACAAACGGCCGCGAACCAUGGACGACUUGGAUGCCGCCGCCGCCGCGCCGCUGCUGAACAUCAGCAUCCCCUCUUGGCGCAUCGGAACACCCAGGUUCACGUUGAAAGGGACGCCCGUCAUUCGAGGCACCUCGUACGCGCCGACGGAAGAUUUCCGAUCCAGCAGCGCCUCGCUCUUCGGCCUGCCCGUCCAUGCCUAUCCUCCACCACCCUUGCCCUUCUCGACCCAGCGAGGCGCCUCUGGCCUACCCUCGCCCCGUCUUGGAGCCUUGGCGAGAUUGACGUACGUGCUCGCCCACCCAGCCGUCAUCGAGCCGUCAAUAGACCCCAACCCCCACCACGACGCCGGUUCGUGGGCCGGGGAGGGCGUCGAGCCACGCCGGCCGGACGAGCUCGCCCGCCUGACGAACGCCUCGGCUGAUUCCACGAGCCAUUAUGCGGACGCUCCUCGGACUGCCAAUCCCAUCGGAGACUUUAUCAUCUUGGGAAACCGACCGGGCACGCCCGACGAUCAGGCCGUCGCCGAGAACGAAGCCGGCUCACCACGGAGCUUGGCCAGCGUCGACGUCGUCUCCUGCUCGCUUCCGGGCAAGGCCAUCAAAGCGGCCAACCUGAACGCGGCGCACCCGAUGGCUGCGCACCCCGUCACUUCAACCGCGGUCAACAACGGAUCCGCCCAAGUGGCGACGACUCCGAAGGCUCUCACGGGGAAACGGGUCCGUCCGCGUCAGGCCCACAAGCGCAGCAACAGCUUCAGCGAUUCGCUUCGGGAGCACGGCUCCGACAAAUCAUCAUCUCACGACCAGGACUUUUCGACCUUGUUGCCAUCGGCAGGCAGUUUGGUCCGCGGGAACCUGCUUCCGCCUUCGCAGCCCUAUAUUGACUUUGAUCCGCUCGGUCCGCAUGACGGCAACCACCGGCAGACGACGAUUUGCCAAUCCCCAGGCCGUGGUCUCGGUCGUAGGCCUUCUGGCGGUGCCAUGUCCGGAUAUGGCAUGAAGAAACUACUCGGCGGUGUCCGCCGCGUCCUGCGUACGCGCGCGCCGGGCGUUUCCCCUACGCAAGCCGACUUCCUGGCCGCUUCUCGCACAGGGAUGCACGGCGCCGCCGCGACGAACCGCCUUCCUGCCUCUGCCGUCGUUCCGCAGGAUCUUCGGCGGCAACAUGGUGGCCGUCCACCCGUGCGUAUCGACCUGCUCGGCGCCGCCGUUGCCGAGGACUUCAAAAAGGCCGUCCGCGACGAGGAGGCUGCGGCUGAGGCGGAACGGCUCGCCGCGAUGGCGUCGCAACCUUCCGUGUCCCCCCUGGGAGGUCCUCAUCACUACUCGGCUGCUCGGAUGGACUCGAGCAUUUUCGACAACGUCCGUCGGCACCGCAAGCUGAGGACCGUGGUCAGCGAUAUGGGAAUCACCGUAGGCAGCAAGUCCAUCGUUAUUGUCGACGACACCGUUCCCUUUGCCAUGAACUCGCCUCAACAUCGAGGCCUCGCCACCGCGAACCAGGCCAUCGACGCGUUGGCGGAUACCUUCAUGAACAACGCAGCGGAUCCAACCCCCCCAAACACGCCCCCGGCCAACUUUGCCGAGCCAUCCACGCCGCGACGGCAAUCGCAUCUCGUCAACACGCACGUCCGUAGACCGGACUUCAACGCUGAUGCUCUGCCGCCCUUCAUCCCGGACCUGGCGACUUUGGAGAGCAGCAGGGCCUCGGAAGAUAUGCCUCGUCCUUCACUAUCCUUGAUCUGUCGUCGUACGAGGCACCCGCUCUCGGCUGGAGGGUCUCUCAGAAUGCAUAGGAAGACCCGAUCGGCCGCAACACUUACCUCCAUGAGCUCCGUCUUUCGCCGCCGACACAACUCGUUCAGCAGCGGUGUUCUACCUCCAUCGACCCUGCGAAGCCUUGGCACAUCCGCUGGCUCGGGUGAAUCUGCCAUGGAACCGGGCUCCGAGAUAUCAAUGCCUGCACCCCUUCGUGUGCUGAGAAGGAGACCUGGCGGUGAUCUCAGAUCAGCCACAAACGUGGGGGACCUUGAUCGAGGGUCCCUGAGGCGGCCACAGUCCGUCGGAUCCUUGCAGACGUACGCCGAAUCCGUCCGUGGCUCGCUUCUAAUCUAUCCUAGUCCGAAGCCGUCAGAUCAACGGCUAGAAACCGGCCUCGCGCCUGGCAAUGGUGUCGACGUCCGCUGUCAUGCAAAGGUGGAUGGGAACUCGGCAAAGCGGAACCUGCCGUUCUUCCGAACUUGCUCCUCCAAGCCUGCGAUGCGUCCUUCCUUUGAGAAAGAGGCCCAGAUGUUAGCUCAGAUACCCGACGACGAGGACGGCGGCGGAAUAGAGUGUGCCCUGGCGAAGCUCGAGGGAAAAUACGAAAAGAAGGUGGCUCCGGCACCGGCAAAGCCAUUGAACCCUGAUGCCGAUGUUCGACCACAAGAGCGGAGGCCUGAUCCAAUGCGCGUGGUGCACGAAUCCCAGGAGAGCCCAGUUGGCCAUCGUUCUCAUCAUCGGAACGAACCCGAGCCGGGCCGAACAGGAGCUCGCCAUGCUGACUCUUUUCCCUCCGCACGCUCAGAAGAGUCCUAUUGUUCCAUCCCCCUACUGGAAAGAGGGCUUACUGACGACGGCGGAAGCCGAGCUCAGACAAUGCAGUGGACGGAUCGCUCGAUCUUGCACGCCUCCGAUGACGACGACUCUCUCGCCGAAAUGGUCAAGGACGUCGACAGAGCUGGGCAGGACGCCGCUCAGCAUUUGUCAUUCGAUUUCAUCCAAAAGACGGAUAGCAUCAAGAGGAUAAGUACUGGCAUGACAGUUCCGUCCGAUACCGGGGGCCAAUCGUUUCUAGAUGACGAUAGCGCAGACGGCAUCGAUCUCUCUUCCGAGAUUCCUGGACGAGUUGGCAAUAAAAUGGAUGCCCUGCUGGACAGUUAUCGGCCUCCCGAUGAUCGUAUCCCCUCGCUGGCAACGUCACGGGCCUCUGCGCACCAAUUGACGCUUAUCCAGGCACUGGCAAUGUCUCCACAACUCUAUGGCAGCUUCGACACUCGGUCCUGGGCCAAGAAGCCACCUUCUAUGCCGAAUUUGAGUCAGGUUUUCCCGCAAAGCGGACAUCACCUCGCCCCUUACCCGUCUAUUGACCCAAGGAGACCUAUUCCUGAGAGUUCAAAGGCCGACGUGUGUCACAUUCGCAAGUACUCGGUUCAUAUGCCGUUCAUCCUGGCCUUUGGUUCGGAUAUCCUCGCUCAGCAGUUUACAUUGAUCGAGAAGGACGCGCUGAAUGAGAUUGACUGGAAGGAAUUGAUGGACAUGAACUGGAAGAACAAGGCUGGCUGCGACUCCCGUUCAUGGGUUGAAUUUCUGCGCAACAGCGACGCCCAUGGUGUCGAGGUGGUGAUUGCGCGGUUUAAUAUCAUGGUUAAAUGGGCCAUCUCCGAAAUCGUGCUCACGCAACACGCCGAAGAACGGGCCAGAUGCAUCAUCAAACUCAUCCACAUUGCCUCUCACUGCCGGCGGUACCGCAACUUUGCCACGCUGGCACAGCUGACCAUUGCCUUGUCCAGCAACGAGGUGUCUCGGCUGAGCAAGACGUGGGAGUUGGUGCCGGCGCACGACGUCAAGACGCUAGACAGCCUCGAGGCGUUGGCAUCUACACGCACGAUCUUCUUUUUAAUGCCCAACGACCCUCGGAGAUUGUCGGCUCGCCCAGCACCGCCCCGCUGGUCAACUUUGAGCGUUGCCGCAUCGGCGCUGCCGUCGUCAAGACCCUCCUCCGUCUCCUCGAGGCCAGCACGAGAUACAGCUUCAUGCCGAUCGAGGGGAUUACCGAACGCUGUCUCUGGAUUGGCGCACUCAGUGACGAGGAAAUAA